CUAUACAAAAUUGUUCGGAGUUCGGAUUGCCCGAAAGGCCCGAAACUACACGGCGUAAUGCCUCGCUAAUAUAAUAAAAUUUUUUAUAAAAUUAUCAAUAAAAUAGUGGACAAUUGGUGUUUCAUCGUCCGACAAUGGCCACAGCUUACGUCAAAGAUGAUCAAGGUGGAACUUUCAUUGCAGCCAGCCAACGUCCUGACGGUACUUGGCGUAAACCACGAAGAGUCAAGGACGGAUAUGUGCCACAAGAAGAGGUUCCUUUAUACGAGAGUUUAGGAAAGCAGUUUUUGAAAAAUAAGCCAACUCAUCCGCCUGGAGUAUCAGCGGAAUACAUAGCAGCGCAAAAAGCGAAAAAAGAGGGGCAAAGUACGAAAACGACGAUACCGGGAAUGCCAGCACAGGUUGAUUCGAAGAAGAAAAAGAAGAAAUCAAAGAGCAAAGGGAAUAAUACGAUAACGGAAGAUUUGGCAAAGACAACGAUAUCCGAGUCUGAAGCCACCAUUAGAACGAAAAAUUCAGUAAAUUCAACACCUAAACCCCAGUCCGUUGUUUCGUGCAGACAAGAUGCAAUGGGCGCCUCGCAUUUAAGUGAAAGCAUGAAGAGACUCAAGAAUUUAAGGAAAAAAAUUCGUGAGAUUGAGACUCUUGAGCAAAAAAUUCGUGACGGGGUGAUUAAAAACCCAGAGAAAGAAAUGCUGGAAAAAGUAUCAAGAAAAUCAGAAAUUCAGGAAGAAAUCAAGUUAUUAGAAUCAAAUCAGUGAUCUCUCUCCCAGAACCGUUAAUAAUUAUUCUGGUACAAACUUUAGAUUGUGCCAUUGUUCGUCUCGCGUUAUUUUUUUUUAUAUUUCAUCGUCGAGCAAAAAUUUCUUCGCAUUUUUUAAAACGAUCCUUUUUUCGAAUUUCGAUACUGCAAUUCCCUGCGAUGAAAAGAAUUAUUUUAUCGAACAUUUGAAUACGAAUAAUGAAUACCUCGAAUUGUACAUUUGGAUGUGAUGAAUAGAGAGGAGAUAGGAGAGAAAAUUAUAUAUAUAUAUAUAUAAUUAUAUAUAUAUACAUAUAUACAUACAUACAUACAUAAAUCAAAAUGCAUUUAUUUUAUUUCUUCGCAAUGAGCACUUUCAUACCCAAUUAGGCAAUAAUCUUGCAGCCAAUGAUAAUUGUAACAGGAAAAUCCGAAAACUUUUAUGCUAAGCAGACGAGCAUGGGAAAUUUUAAAAAAUCAAUGCAACACUUUUUCAAUAGAAAUGUUUUUUUUUUUACAAUUCGCAUUUUCAUCGAAUUGGAAGAAUGUACGCGAAAACAAGUGAAAAUCACUUCCGUGUUAAAUGUCAGGAGAGCUUAUUUUUCCGAUGAUUUUUUAAGAUAUUUUGAAUCAUCGAUUGAUUGAAUUUCUGUCACCACUCAUUCACCAAAUAUUGUCAUCAAUGAUUGGGUGCUGUUGUGUAAAACUCUACAUUAUAAUAUUGUUAUGUAUUGCAGCCGUUAUACCAGCUGCAAUAAUUCUCUUUUAUAACCCGCAAUUAUUGGGAAUCAACGAGGAAGACAGCGAGCCUAUCGGCAAAGUUUAAUUUGAAAGGGUAAGAUUGGGUUAAGAGAAUUGAAUGAAUAACAAUAAAGUAUGAAUGCCAACAGUUUUUUUCACUUGCUAAUCAUCAUGAAAAUUCUACUUUCAAUCAUCAAUUCACAUUCGUUUAAUAAUUAUUACAAUCACCAGCUAUUUCAUUAUAAUUAAUUACCAAUUCAUAUUCAGUUCAAGCGUAAUUGAUAUGGAAACAUCUCGUCACGGUAAACUCAAAAACGACCCAUUUUGCUUUGCGACGAGCUCGAGAAUGUCGGUACCAAGAAUGUUCAUCAGUCGCAAGAAAAUAAAACGUCGUAAUUUACAAACAAGAAGUUCAAUAUUUUAAGAUUCAAUUUUUAUAACGAUAUUUGUCAAUAAACUUGGGGUAACAAAGGAA